GUUCCUACACAAGACCGGCCCGGAGAAAGAGAGCAAUGGGUCACACGAGCCCAGAAAUGCACACACAUGACGAUUUAGUGCUCCUCAAGGACAACAAGAUGUUAGCUGAUAAGAUAACAGAUGCUCACAUAGAGGAGUUUAGACACGCCUUCACUAUGUUUGACAAGGACGGUGACGGUAGCAUAUCAACAAAGGAGUUAGGAACUGUUAUGAGGAGUUUAGGACAGAACCCCACAGAGAAACGACUGCGAGCUAUAUGUAACGAGGUUGAUGUGGAUGGUAAUGGUAAACUAGAUUUCAAGGAGUUCAUUUUACUGAUGACGACACACUUUGAUAGUAUUAACGCUGAGUGCGAACUUAAAACUGCGUUCCAAGUUUUCGACACUAAAGGUAAAGGUUGGAUUGACGAGGCUGAAUUGAGAAGAUGUCUAACUACUAUAGGGGACAGGCUGACUACUGAGGAGGUGAACGAGUUGUUACAUGAAGCAGACGGAGAUCAUGAUGGCUGUAUUAACUAUCUAGAGUUUGUAAAGAUUAUGACUCAAGAAUCAUUACAGGUUCAAAAUGCAACGCCAGAGGGUUCUGUAAACGAGAAAUCGUGGGAUGUUACUAACUAUCGGAAACAGACGAGUUAGCCACGUAUCCAUAGCAACACACUAACUUGCAUUUCAUAUCCAUGGAAACAGACCAACUCGCAUUUUAUUUCGGCAACAGAAAAAUCUGCUUUUUAUGUCCAUGAAAACGAUCAACCAUUUUUAGACUCCAUCAUGCUGACUGGCGAGAUAACGGAUUGUGUGAUAACACAGAAAGCUAUUAAUCCUGGAAACAGACAAAUAGGGUCUGAUAGAAGUUUAUAACGGCUUCAUCGGCGAAGAGAGAUGGUUCCUCCUACAUAUUUCAUACUGUUAUAGUUAUACUGUUCAAGCUCACUUGUGAAGUUCAUUUGAAGAUCAAGCCUGAAGCCAAUAUCAGUCGUGAAGGAGAAUGUGAACAGUGCUAACUGCUAGUGAUAUAACUGACACUUAAAUUAUUUGUAGGAUUUACAAACCUAGUUUUAGUAGUUUAUAUUUAUAAAGAAGAAGUUAAACUUUUAGUGAAAACUUGUAUAUUUAAUAUUUAUCAGUUGUGUUUAGGGAUUUGUUGAUGCUGGACCGAGAAAGGAAUUGCAUUAAAGUGUUUUGUACAGAAUUAAACCGAAACAAUGGAAUUUAAUUUAAUCGCAUAUUUAUAGCCAAAUUAUUGUAGCUAUGGUAGCUACAUUAAUCUAAACGUCAUGUCAUCAUCUAUUGGGUGGUCGAUAGAUAGAUCGAACAGGUUAUUGAAAAAUACCGUUUAUAAUCCAUCCACCUACAGCCCAAAUAAUCUACCGAUGAUAUUACAUACUUACAUAAUAUAAGGAUAAGGGCACUUG